AUUACUGGUUUCAUUGUGAAACUGUUGUGGGCUUCACUGCAGUGAAUUUUAAUUGUGAAUGUAUUUACAAGCACUAAAUCCUCAGAUACAGUUUGUGAAGCGUGUCCAUCAGGAUUUUAUUCCCCUAAAGGUGUGAGAUGCUUUAAAAGGACCAAAUGUUCCCUCAAUAAUUAGAUUGUGCAUGAAGAAAGAAACCACCAGACACGGCUUUUAGCACAUGAUCUUCCCGUUCCGAACGUCCGCAUUUCACUGGAUGGGGAAAGUAAACAAAACCAUGAACACAUUGAGCAAUUUUGUGGAUAUAUGGAAUCAAAAUAAAUAUGCAGUGUUUUUUGUUCAAACUAAAGCGUGUCGAAAAGAAAUCGGAUUGGAAUUGAAAUUGGGAUGGUUACAGAGGGAAUAUUCAGUCUACUGCGACUCUUGACUUGGAGAAAAAGGCGUCUAUCUGCUCAAAAAGCUUUCACUCGGUUACAGACGGAAAAUGGAGACCUGGAGGACAAAUGGAGACAAAAAACGUUCAAAUGAAAAGCGAAAAGAAACGACACAUUCCUGUGACCAGUCAGUUCUUCUGUUCUAACGCUGUUAGAUUAAUAUUUUUUACAUUAAUAUUUAUUUUAAAUAAUGAAAUCCACGUUUCUGACGCUUCUGUUCUACAUAAUCAGUGUUUAUGCUUUUAAAACAUUUGGAGCAUUAUGCAGGCACGGUGAAUAUUUAUCAACAGCAGGAGAAUGCUGUCCAAUGUGUAACAUAGGUUUGGUGGUUUUCAGAGACUGUAUUGGUGAUUACAGUACAACAUGUAUUUCUUGUACUAAAGGGACAUUCAUGAAUGUGCGUAAUCGUCGACACAGUUGUUUUCCAUGUAAAACCUGUGACGGAGGGUUUUAUACUUUGCAAAACUGCAGCACAAUAAAGGACACAGUCUGUGAGGUCUUGGAUGGGUAUUACUGUGCACAGCACUCAGAUGGAGAAUGUUCUCUUGCAAUGAAACACAGUGAAUGUAAACCAGGAGAACAAAUAAAAACUCCAGGCACGAGGGUCUCAGAUACAGUUUGUGAAAUGUGUCCAUCAGGAUUUUAUUCUCCUGAAGGUGUGAAAUGCUUUAAAUGGACUGACUGUUCGCCCAAUGAUGAGAUUGUUGAUGAAGAAGGCACUUCCAUUAGCGAUGUUAAAUGCAAACCAACAAGGAGGAGACAUGGUCUUAUAGCAGCUUUACUAAUGACAGCUUUCUUACUAUUAUUACUUAUGCACAAAAUAAUCAAAUAUAGCAGAGAAUUAUUAGUUGCCACAGAGGAAACAGAUCCUCACAAUUCAAGUUGUGCAUCAUCAACUAGUAAGCGGAAAGAUUUUCUGGUAACAGAUUCACCAGCAGUAACCUGAUUGUAACGAAGAACAAAAGCAGGUGCUCUGAAUUGGUGAGUCAGAAUCUGGGUUAGGUUUCCUGCAAGAUUGGAGCUGCAUUUCUGCAAAUGGAUCUGGAGAUUUGGUCUGGAUUAAUUACAGGCAGAUAAUUUAUCCAUCAUGCAAUGGCAUCAGGGAGGCAAAUUUAUUCUGCAGCAGGACAAUAACCCCAAACAUACAGCACAUAUGAUUAAGAACUAUCUUCAGCAAAAAGAAAUACAUGGAGUCCUGGAAGUGAUGGUUUGGCUGACACAGAGCCCUGAUCUCAACAUCAAGUCUAUCUGGAAAAAUAUGACGAGACAGAAGGAUUUGAAGCAGCCUACAUCCACAUAAGAUGUGUGGUUAUUUUUUUUUACCACACCUGACUUUUUUUUUUUUUACCACACCAACUUUUGCACAGUACUGUAGUUUGAUAUUUUAAUUACAGAACUUGACAUUUUUUAUUGUUUCUGCAUUGUUAUGAAUCUGAUUGCUAGUGUAUUUUCACUAUUUCACUGAGGAACAUGAUGUUCCUGUAAUACUUUAAUUCAGCUUCACUCUUUUUAGCUAUUGAUGUGAUUUUUGAUGGACACCGGAUACACAUUAAUUAAUAAAAGGUUCUGUACUAGUUAGGGAUUAUAUUUUCUUUACUUAAAUAUUGAGUUAAAGUCAAAAUGAUUUUUUUUUAUUUAACAAAAUAUGUUACAUUCAUGUGACCAUUUGAAGUAUUGUGCAUAACAUGUACAGUUAUUCUGGAAAUAAUUUCAAAAUGAUAGCUUCUUAGCAGGCUUUUUAAUUUUUUUAUUUUAUGGAAACUUGUUCCUAUGGUUCAAAAUGUUAAAUGUUACUAUGCAUUACUCUGCCUUACAGACUGAUAUCCACCAGUAUCUUUGUAAUGUGAACAAAGUGACUGGGGUAUGAAGCUCCAAAAAGAGAUCCGAUCAAAAAGACAGGCACUG